AUGGUUAUAUUGGGUGUGUUUCAGACAGCGAAAGAUAAAUAUCGUGAACUGGCUAUAGAAGGAAUCCACAGGGACUUGGUGUUUCGGUUUAUUGAAGUUCAGACCCUGCUGUUGGCUCCUAUCUGUCCCCACGUGUGUGAGCACAUCUGGUCGCUGCUGGGAAAGCCCGAUUCCAUCAUGCGAGCCUCAUGGCCAAGUGCAGGUCCUGUGGAUGAGGUGUUGAUUCGUUCUUCUCAGUACCUCAUGGAAGUUGCUCAUGACCUCAGGCUCCGUCUCAAGAAUUACAUGGCACCAGUUAAGGGAAAGAAAGCUACUAAGGAGCCUUCUCAGAAGCCUUCUCACUGUACCAUCUAUGUGGCAAAGAACUACCCACCCUGGCAACACGCCACCCUGUCCGUUCUGCGCAAGCACUACCAGGCUGGUGGAGGUCAACUGCCAGAUAAUAAAGUAAUUGCCAGUGAACUGAACGCCUUGCCAGAACUAAAGAAGUACAUGAAGAAGGUUAUGCCUUUUGUUGCCAUGAUUAAGGAGAAUCUGGAGAAGAAUGGUUCACGUGUUCUUGACCUGGAACUGGAAUUUGAUGAACAGAUGGUGCUCAUGGAGAAUAUAGUCUAUCUGACAAAUACCCUGGAGCUGGAUCAUAUUGAAGUGAAGUUUGCUUCUGAAGCAGAAGAUAAAAUAAAAGAAGACUGUUGUCCUGGAAAACCAUUUUCUGUAUUCAGAACUGAGCCCAGCGUAUCUGUGUUUCUGGUGAACCCUCAGCCAUCAAAUGGCCACUUCACUACAAAAGUAGAAAUCAGACAAGGAGAUAGUAGGGACACAGUGAUCAGGCGCUUGAUGAAGAUGGACAGAGGAAUCAAAGAUCUCUCUAAAGUGAAGCUGAUGAGGUUUGAUGAUCCUGUCCUUGGACCCCGUCGUGUUCCAGUCCUUGGUAAAGAAGAAGCUGAGAAAACUCCUAUUCUAGAGCAAGCGAUUUUCCAUAUUGACCUGGCUGAGAAGUGUGUUCGUGUCACUGAGAACGGCCUGACAAAGGAUAUUGGCGACACAAUUGUUUAUCUAGUUCAUUAAGUUGGCUCAUACCUGGCUCAAUCACUGAUCCUGGAAAAGUUUGUAGAGUGACUUUGAGGGCA